UCUCGAGAUAAUUAAGCUCAGUUGAGGAGCCGCUGCUAUAAAAGCCCCAUUAACUCCACUCGAACAGCGCAGUGCAGGCAAAGAGAAAGUGCAAAGAUGGCAACGCAACAGCAACAUUUCGAUUAUAUGGAAAAAUAUCUGGUUUAUGAUAUUUUUAAAUAUUUUGGCAACGAUGCAACGCUUAUAGAUCACAAUAUAAAGUGUUCCAGUGGCCUCGAUGGCUUCAUGUCGGCGGUCUAUACGGUGCAGCUGACCAUGGAGAUUGCCGGAAACGAGCGCCAGGAGCUGGUGCUGGUGAAGUUCAUGAAGGGCAGCCCGGAGUUUCGCGAGUCCGGCAAAUGCUACACACAGUUCGCCAAUGAGGUCUUUGUUUAUGCCGAACUGCUGCCGGCCUAUGAGAAUUUGUUGCGUGACAGCAAAUUAAAUACGGAAUUGGUUGAGCAAUUUGUGCCGCGUGUUUAUUGCGCGAAAUUUGGUCUGAUUAAGGAUCUGGGCGAGGCACGUGAGUCGGUGUUGGCUUUGCAGCAUCUGCAGCCGAAAGGCUUCAAGCUGGGUCCUCGACUCACUCUGCGCCUGGAUCAGCUGGAGGCCAUGUGCUCGGUUCUGGGUCCAUAUCACGCCAUGGGCUACGCGCUGCGCAUCCUGCAGCCGCAGGUCGAGCAGCGCCUGCGCCAGCAAGUUGUGCCGCUUCCCUUCGUCUUCGAGGCGAACGUGCCGAAUAUCUAUGCGGUGCUCUAUCGCAUCGCCUUCGAUCGCUUCUACGAGUUUUACGAUCGCUGCCGCGAUCAACUGCUUCAGCCGCAGGAGCAACGCUUUGCCGAAGCCAUCGAGCGGCUGCGUGCCAAGUACUUCGAGCAGCCGGUGGAGCUGCUCGAGCGCAUUCGCACAGCUGCGUGCGAUGAGACGCAGCCGGAAUCGCAUUUUAGCACCUUCCUGCACGGCGACUUCAAUCGCAACAAUGUGCUGUUCCACGAGAACGAAGAGGGGCGUGUGGAUGGCAUACGCAUGAUUGAUUUCCAGGAGCUGCGCUACAGCACCACGGCCAUUGAUAUCAGCUUCUUCCUGUACAUGAAUACGCCGGCCGAGAAUCGAGCUGAGAUUUUUGCCAAACUCUUGCGUUCGUAUCAUCAGCGGAUGCAUCAGACCUUGGAGCUGCUCUUGCAGCGUAAUCAUGAAACGCUCUCGGAGGAGCAGAUCAACAAGCUGCUCAGCGAUUACAGCUUCGCACGCUUCGAGCAACAUUUCUCACGCUACGCGUUCUAUGGCGUCAUGAUCUGCAUGCACUUCAUGCCCUGGCUGCUGGGCAGUGAGGCUGACUGCGCCCAGCUCUCCAAACUGUUCGAAACCGACAUGCAUGGCCCGGCCUUCUACAAGCUGUCGAUGGACAUAGCCGGAGAUGAGGCGAACCGCCAGAUUUUCGGCAUAGUGCGUCACGCCUUCGAGCAGGGCUACAUGGAUCACAUAUGAGCUGCAAUCAGUAUAAUAUAUGUAUGUACAUAUGUACAUAUAUACCCUAU